ACACAGACAUUGAAUAUGAACCAACAUCUACGUAUAUUUUACGUUAUUACAUUUUAUUUAUCAAUGCAGGCGUUUCGUAACAUGGUGUUAAAGUCCAUAUUUAAAGCAUAAAAACAUAACCUAAACAUCUGGUAUUUCUAACAUGAAUAAGAAAAGUAAGUAAAAAACAGUGAUCUCGUUAUCGUCGGCUACGAGAUGAAACAAUGUCAACACAAUAAUUAUUUGUAACGAAUACUUCGGUUUCCUUCUUAAAUUUCAUUUCUGUCGUCUAUAUGUAUGCGGCAACAAUUUAACAAUGUCAUAUCAAGUCAGAUCCGAGGAUUAUGUAUUUUUAAUAAAAAGUUUAUUCGCUGGUGGUAUAGCUGGAAUGUGUUCAAAAACAACAGUGGCCCCAUUAGACAGAAUAAAAAUAUUAUUACAAGCACAUAAUAGACACUAUAAGCAUUUAGGUGUUAUUUCUGGACUAAAAGAAAUAAUCCAGCGUGAAAAAUUUUUUGCUUUGUAUAAAGGAAAUUUUGCUCAAAUGAUAAGAAUCUUUCCAUAUGCUGCAACACAAUUUACUACAUUUGAGCUGUACAAAAAGUAUCUAGGAGGUAUAUUUGGGAAGCACACGCACAUAGAUAACUUUUUGGCUGGAGCUGCUGCUGGUGUCACUGCAGUUACAUUAACAUAUCCGUUAGAUGUCAUUAGAGCUAGGCUCGCUUUCCAAGUCACCGGAGAACAUAUUUAUGGAGGAAUUAUACAUGCGGGUGUCACAAUUUUUAAAAAGGAAGGUGGUAUCCGAGCGCUGUACAGGGGAUUUUGGCCAACUAUUUUUGGCAUGAUUCCAUAUGCAGGAUUUUCCUUUUAUUCAUUCGAACAACUUAAAUAUUUAUGUAUGAAAUAUGCACCAGAUUAUUUUUGUGACAAGUGUGAUAGAAAUACUGGUGGUUUAGUUUUAACUACAUCUGCUAGAUUAUUAUGCGGAGGUGUUGCAGGUGCUAUUGCUCAAAGUUUCUCUUACCCAUUGGAUGUUACUAGAAGACGUAUGCAGUUAGCUAUGAUGAAUCAUGCUACGCACAAAUAUAGUACUAGUAUGUUACAAACUAUGAAAAUGAUAUAUAAAGAAAAUGGCAUUGCAAAAGGUUUGUAUCGUGGAAUGAGUAUUAAUUAUUUAAGAGCAAUUCCUAUGGUAUCAGUCAGUUUCACCACAUACGAAAUUAUGAAACAAGUACUGAAUUUAGAUACAGGAAUAAAAUUAUAAUUUAUUUUGCAAAGAUCUGUAACUUGUAAAAUAAUUAAUGUUGAUUCAUUUUGAUUUUC